GGUUACGUGUCUAAUUAUAAUCGAUUCUUGAAAAUUAAAUUACAAAAAAUAAAUACACACAAGGGUAGCUAGACUAAAAAGGAAAUAAAUUACAAAAAUUAAAUUACAAAAAAUAAAUACACAAAAGGGUAGCUAGACUAAAAAGGAAAUGAUGUGGGAUAACAUUAUCCUUACAACGGAUAUGGAUGUCCAUGUGGCAAUACUUAACUGGGUAGAGCAUUGAGUCUACUUCCAAUCACUGAUAUCCUCCAAGAAAAAGAUCCCCCAAAAUUAACUAAAAAGCCACUGAAUUUCAAUUAGUUAAAAUUGUUCAUCAUCACCAAAACAACUCGAGAAACGAAGAAAAAGAAAAAAAGAAGCAGUAUUCACUUCAAUAUUCAUACCUGUUUAGAGAAAGAAAAUGUCAAGCUGCAACAUGGCAUCUGCUGCUACUGGAUUCGUGGUGGCACCAAAUGUAACCUCCAACACAACCAUGGCGAAGUGCACCAUGGUUAAGUUUUCAUCCAACUCCAAGAACACCAAGUCUUCCAGACUGGUGGUUGUAAAGGCUGCCGAGGAGGCGGCACCACCGGCUGCCACCACUGAAGCUGCACCAAAGCCACCUCCGAUUGGUCCCAAGAGAGGGGCCAAGGUGAGAAUCCUCCGGAAGGAGUCCUACUGGUUUAAAGGUGUAGGCUCAGUUGUGACCGUUGAUCAGGAUCCAAAGAGUCGCUAUCCAGUUGUUGUGAGGUUCAACAAAGUCAAUUAUGCAAAUGUUUCCACAAACAACUAUGCAUUGGAUGAGAUCAAGGAAGUUUAGAUGAGCUUCUUGUGCAUGUGUCAUUCUACAAUUCCUUUUAUUUCAGUCUUUUUUUGCCAAUGAAUUUGUAAAAAUAGUUUCUCAGUUCCUCGAGUGCCUAAAUUUGAUCAAAUAUAUUGUUUGCGAUCCCUUUGCUUCGAUCAUAAAAUAUCAUCA